CAGCCUCGGAUAUAUGCGAGAAGCUGGCAGCGUUGUGUGUAACUUUAUGUGCAAUCUGGCAACCAUGUCACAUCAAAAAAAAUGGUAUUUGACAUUGACAUAAGUCAACCGUGUUGCCCAAUGGACAGCACGGACUAUACCUUCUUCAGUGCAUGUGUUUUGUGUUGUAUAUUUUUUGUGGUAGGUAUAUUAUGUUUUGUAGUUUCAGUCUAUAGAUCUGGUGUAUACUGUAUAUGUUUUGUGGAUUUUUGAUUAAGGUGGUUAGACAGGUUUAUUUUUUAGAAAUUUGGAUAUUAAUGUGAUAUUAAUUAUCCAAGGAAACACAUUAAAAUGUCUUAUCAGCUAUACAGAAACACCACCUUGGGACACACUCUUCAAGAGAGUCUAGAUGAACUCAUACAAUACGGCCAAAUAACACCACAGCUAGCGGGCAGGGUGCUUCUCCAGUUCGACAGAUCCAUUAAUCAAACUUUAGCUACCAGGGUUAAGUCAAGGAUAACAUUUAAGGCUGGAAAACUUAAUACAUACCGUUUCUGUGAUAAUGUGUGGACCUUCAUGCUCAAUGAUGCUGAAUUUAGAGAAGUACAAGAGAUCACAAAAAUAGAUAAGGUGAAAAUUGUUGCCUGUGAUGGUAAAAAUGUUAGUGAGGAGGGCAGUUCGAAGAAAUGA